ACAAAUAAAAAACAAGAUUAUUAAAUGGAAUUCGCAUAACCACCGGUUCGAGAAUAUAAAAUUUAAAGAUUUUGAAAUAUAUGGAGAUGAAGUUUAGGGAGAUGUAAAAAUAAUUAAAAUCCAAAUAGAAUAUAUGUACAUAAUCUGUUUUUAUAAAGAGUUUCGCAACUUUAUACAUAAUUCAUCAGUCUCGGAAUAAAAAUUAUGAAGUGAUUUAAAUAUUACAUCAACAUAGAAUCGUCAUCGUGUAAAAUACACGAAUAAGAUGCCAGUUAUUGGAAAGAGUAUAUCGAAAGUGACGGUGUACAUUCUAAAAGCGUUGGUCCGAUCUCUCCUUAAUGGUCGAGGUCAUGAAAUUGGAGCAACGUUUGUGGAGUUUUUUGUUGCGUUAAUCAACGAUGCAUAUCUUCGAGCCAUUUCACUUGGUAUGUUCUCGAAGAACGUCAUGCGACCUGCUGUGAAUAUUGGUGCCCCAUUGACCAAUAUACCAGAUUUGCUGUUACCCAUAUCGGCAGAAGAGUUUCACUUUUAUGAAUAUGUUUCUUCCUUGAAUUUUGAAACUAUUUCACAUAUCAUAAUUGACUACUUUUAAUACUGGACGAGCAAUAUUUUUCUUUACAGCUUUUACGCUUAGAAGCAAAGGAAGAAAGAUUUCAUACAUUACACCAAUAAAAUAAACUAAAAAUUAAUAAUGGAUAAGUAUUCUUUAUAAU